AUGACGCUUUUUUACCAAGGAUCCCUUCAGGAUGGCAUUUCUGCCGCUGUGAGAGAUACCAAAGCUGUUAUUUGCUUUGUGCGAGAUGACGAAGAGACCAGCUCUACAUGGGAAGAGACGUAUUUUGGUGAUGAGGAGGUUGUGCAAGCGCUCAAUGCUAAAGCAGUUGUGUUGCGAUUGACAGCAGGGUCACAGGAAGCUGGAUUUCUGGCCUCAUUCUGUCCGAUUACGAAAUUUCCGACAGUGAUCCUUAUCAAGAAUGGCACGUUGAAGGAAUACAUCGGGCCAGAUGUGUCGAAUGAUGACUUCCGCAGCCGAUUGCUUGCAGCUCUGAAGGAUGACCAGACACCCAUUCCUACGCAGCAACCGCAGGAUAGUAACCCUCCCACGGCACCAGUUGACCUUGCACCUGUUCCUGCGCCUGUACCUGCGCCUGUACCUACAUCUGCACCUGCACCAGCACCUACCGCACCCACCGCACCCCAAAGUAAACCCCAGGUGCAAUCUAAAGCUGGCAAAUCGGCCCAAUCUGCAAGGAAAGCAGCUGAAGAUGCCAUCAAGAAAAGAGCUGCAUCUAGGGAACCUCCUAAGAAACCCGCAGAACCAGCAUCAUCAGCGAGCUCCACGCCUCAAACACAGACGGCCAAGCAAGACAUUAAAGGCAAAGCACCAAUGGGAUCCAAAAAACUCACCGAAGAAAGCAGCGCAAAAGCGCAACUAAGUCUACAGUCCCUCGAGGACCCCCUACCGAGUACCGACUACAACUUCACACCCACCCAGAGCAUCCGCGACGACGUACGGCCUUGGCUCGACGCGAAGAUGGAAGGCGACAACCGACCCUACAACCUCAAACACAUCCUAACCCCCCUGCCCAGUGAAACUCUGUCCGCCGCCCAGGAGGCGCAAACUCUCCGAGACCUGGGUCUUGGCUCCACUGCAAACUUGGUGAUGGUUCCCGUGUCAACGUACACAGAUGCCUAUGCAGCAGCCGGUAGCCUGCCUGUCCGCGGUAUCUCUGCCAUCUAUAACCUCGCCUCUUCGGCUGCCAGUACGGCGACGGGUAUGGUGGGUUCCUUCCUUGGAUAUGGUUCGGCUGCACCGGCAAGCGACACGGCUUCCUCGGCGCCUCCGGCUGGAAAUUCUCAGCGCCCUAUAAAUGCGGGGCCUAAUAUACGGACAUUGAGGGAUCAGCAAGAUGGACGUGGGGAUAGUCAGCUGUACAAUGGGAACCAGUUGAACUUCGAGCCGCGAAUCGAUCAAGGUGACAAGGAUAAAUGA